AUGGAAAGUGACCUAAAAAUAGGCUCCCGCGUUCUCUGCAAAUGGACUGAUGGGAAAUACUGUAAGACUUAUUUAGAUCCUGCUGAAAUUAUCCAUGAGCGCCCAAUCCCCAGUCAUGAAUUUUACAUCCAUUAUCUUACUUUCAAUAAGCGUCUAGACACUUGGGUAGCUCCUGAUCAAAUUGCUCCUAUGCCUCCAGAAAGUGAAAAGACUCCAGAAUCCAUCGUCACCCGCUACAAUAAAAGAAAGCGCGAAGAGCUCGACCCAGCCGAGCACAAUGAAGAUUGCACUAACCCAGAACUUACCCAGUUUGAGAAAGACCACGAAGAGAACACCAAAGUCAGAAACGUUGAUCGGAUCGUCCUUGGCCGAUAUGAAAUUAGUCCAUGAUACUAUUCACCAUAUUUGUCGAGAUAUCCCCAGAUACCCACACUUUAUAUAUGUGAAUUUUGCCUCAAAUAUAUGAGGCAUGGCUCUACUUAUAAGGAACAUAUAAAAAAGUGCACAUAUAAACGACCGAUGGGGAAAAUGAUAUAUAGGGAUAAUGUUAAUAUUGGGAAAAUCAAAUCAGUAAGUGUGUAUGAGGUUAUGGGAAAUGAGCAUAAAUUGUAUUGCCAAAACUUUUGUCUGCUGGCGAAAUUGUUUUUGGAUCAUAAAACACUUUAUUAUUAUGUGUCGCCAUUUAAGUUUUAUGUGCUGACUGAAGAUUCGGGAAAAUGCUCUAGAGUUGUAGGGUAUUUUUCUAGCUUCUUGACAUUUUUUUUUUUAAUUUAUGGUAGUUUUAGCAGAUAUUAUAUUUAUGUUAUCAAUAUCGGGAUAAAAAUAAGAAGCAGGUUAUAGAUGAUGCUAUAGGAAGACCCUAUAUGAGUUAUUUUUAAGAUUGAUUAUUAUAAUGGAGUAAAGAAAUUGGAAAUCACGAAUAUAACUUAGCAUGUAUUUUGGUAUUGCCACCAUACCGUUAUAUUAAUUACUUAUCGAGGAGCCACGUAGUGGUCCUAGAACUACUAUUUCCCUCCAUAACACAUAAUCGCUUGCUCGCCAGUCCAUAUAUAGCCUUGCACUCUGCUGCUCUUUCAGAUGACUUGAGCCACCAUGCUGUGUGUCAGCAUAGGUUUUUUCUUCCAGAAAAAUCGAUUUUUUUAUCAUUUAUCGACUAAGAUGAAAUCUUGAAGUCCAGGGCACAAUGUCUUACACUGUAUUAGGGAAUUGCCUGUAUAGCCUAGUGGUGUGUGCUCUAGCCAUUGCUUGACUUCCUCUUUCCAACAAAAGUUCCAUCUUCCCACGAGGAAAAAGUUCAUUGGAUUUAAGCUAUGGUAGGCCAGUUAGCAUUGCUGCCCAUCUAUUGGCAAAAAUUCACUGGACACAAUUUAUGGAAUACCUCCUUCCCCCAAAGUCCCAGGUGUUGUUCACCUUCCGACAACAUUGUUGAGAAAAGAGCAUUCUCCGCCAUUUUAAAAUAUAUUGCCACCAUAUCAGCAAAGAGGUUAUGGGCGAUUCUUAAUUUCUCUGAGCUACGAAUUAAGUAAGAGAGAAGGAAAAAUAGGAACUCCAGAAAGGCCAUUAUCAGAUAUGGGUAGAGUUUCUUAUAAGUCUUACUGAACUGAUACAAUUUUAGAAGUAAUAAGAGACAGAGGAAACCUCAGUAUCAAAGAAAUCACAGAUAUUACAGGAAUUUCUAAUCAUGAUGCAAUGGAAACACUCACUUCGUUGAAUUUAGUCAAGUAUUGGAAAGGACAAUAUAUAAUGAACAUUGCAAACCCUAAAAUGAUUGAAGAGCACUUCAAGAAGAAGGAACAGAAGAAAAAGAAACUCAAAGUCUGCCAGAUUAAAUUUGAUCCUAGAAAGCUAAACUAUACUCCUCCUAAAUCUUAA